UCCCUUGCUUGCAUUCCCACCUCCAAAAUCCCAAAAAACAAAAAUCCAUUUUCGAAAUUUCCACAGGAUUCGUGUCAUGGGGAGAGGCAGGGUCCAGCUGAAACGGAUCGAGAACAAGAUCAAUCGCCAGGUGACCUUCUCCAAGCGUCGUAUGGGCCUCCUCAAGAAAGCUCACGAGAUCUCCGUCCUCUGCGACGCUGAGGUCGCUGUCAUCGUCUUUUCCACCAAAGGAAAGCUCUACGAAUACUCCACUGAUUCCAGAAUGUCAAGGAUUCUGGAGCGCUAUGAAAGAUAUUCCUAUGCAGAGAGAGAGCUUGUUUUGUCGGGUCCUGAAUCAGAGGGAAGCUGGUGCCUUGAAUAUGGCAAGCUUAAGGCUAAGGUGGAAUCUUUGCAAAGAAACCUCAGGCAUUUUACAGGGGAAGACCUCGACACCUUGAGUCUCAAAGAGCUGCAACAGUUAGAACACCAGCUUGAUGCUGCAUUGAAACAUAUAAGAUCAAGAAAGAACCAAAUCAUGUUUGAUUCCAUUGCGGAGCUUCAAAGAAAGGAGAAGUCGCUGAGGGAGCAGAAUAACAUGCUAGAGAAGGAGAUUCAAGAGAAGGAGAAGGCAAUGGCCCAGCAGGCUCAGUGGGAGCAGCAAAACCAAUCCCAAAGCUCACCAUCCUUCCUGCUUGCAAGCCCACUCCCCACUCUAAACAUUGGCACAUAUCACCAGGGAAAUGAAGUGGAAGAGGAAGGGGCUCGGCCCCCAGCCCGGACCAACAGCCUCAUGCCGCCUUGGAUGCUACGCCAUGUCAAUGAAUAAACAGGUGUGCAGAGUGCAUUUUUUUUUUUCUUUAUUUUUGAAGUAUUAGUGUUCGUAGUGGGCUGUGGGCAUAGGCAUGGAUAUGUGCAUACAUGGGGAAAUGAAAGUGUAAGGAUCGAAAACUGUAAUCUCACUCCCCAUAUAUAAAUAUCCUAUAUUAGAUUGAUAAAACAUGCUUCAUCAAUCAAAAAGUGGGCCUCGAUUAACUUGUAAACUCA